AUGGCCGAUUCAGGACUGCCCUCCGGCUGGGAAGUUCGCCACUCCAACUCCAAGAACCUUCCCUACUACUUCAACCCCGCCAACAAGGAAUCUCGCUGGGAACCUCCUGCCGACACCGAUACCGAGAAGCUUAAGAUCUAUAUGGCGACGCAUCAUACUCCCGCCACGCGCCCAGACGCUGCCGGCCAAGGCGAAGGCAAGAUUCGCUGCAGCCACCUGCUGGUCAAGCACAGCGGCAGCCGCCGCCCCAGCAGCUGGCGCGAGGCCGAGAUUACUCGCUCUAAAGAGGAUGCGAUCGAAAUCCUAAAGGGAUACGAGCAGCGCAUCCAGUCCGGCGAGACCCUUGGGGACAUCGCUGUCUCCGAGUCCGACUGCAGCAGUGCCCGCAAGAAAGGCGACCUUGGCUUCUUCGGUCGCGGUGAGAUGCAGAAGGAGUUCGAGGAAGCGGCAUUUGCCCUGGAGCCGGGCCAGGUCAGCGAAAUCGUCGAGACAGCUUCUGGUGUCCACCUUAUCCAACGGUAUGAAUAA